AUGAAAAAGAUACGUGGUCUCAAGAUUUGUUCUAAAUAAAAAUAAUUUAUAUUUGAAUUUGGUUUUGUUUAAGCUUUUAAAGAAAUUAAAGGUAAAGAAAAUAAAUCAAUUUAAUAUAUAGGUCAAGUAAAAGUAAAUAGAAUCAUGGGAAUUAAUAUUGAAGAUCAUUUUGAAGAAAUAUUUGAAGUUAUCAAGCUUCACUUAUUGCCAUUAAUGCUCAUAUUCGUUACCAUUGUAGUAAAGCAAUAGGUUAAAAUGACUGCAUAUGAAAAAUUCGCUUUUUAUUGGUUCUUAUUCAAUGGAGCUAUUAUCCACAUCACUUGGGAUGGUUUUGUUGGAGCCCUUCAUUAAUGUGAUCCUUUACUUAGAGUUUACUCUUUGAUGGAUAAUAGAUACAAGGUUAAGGAAAACGCUGUCAGAGCUAUUUCUUUCUGCGAAUUAUUCUUGCAUGGACCUCUUUGUCUCUACACUGCUAGACUUUUCUUAAGCAGUAGAGGUUUAAAGAGAGAUAUUUUCUCCAUUUUAUCUUCAUUCCUUUAGCUUGUAUUUACCUACGUUUUCGUCUAUGAUGAAUAUAUGAACAAUUUUGUUAAUGUUUGCCCUGAAGAAAGUUGUUUCACAUUCUCUACUUCAAAUAUUUUACUCUUCUGGAUAUGCUUUGUUUUCUUCAACCCUGUUUGGAUUAUCCUUCCUCUCUAUCACUUAGUUGUUGCUUAUAAGAAUAUAGUAGCUCAAGAAAGAUGGUCAUUUAAUAUUUGUGCAAUUGAAAAUAGAAGUGGUGAAAAUUAUUAUGAUAACUUUGAUAAAACUCAAAGAACUGUCAGCUCUAAAAAAAAUAAGAAAGAUUGA